CUUAAUGUUCUCGUUUUGAUUCACGCUUAUUUGUUUGUUUUGCGUCUGCUAUUAUCAGCUCAUUUAAGGGAGCUAACGUUAGCUAGCCGUCGUGGAGAGGUGCACGUGCAUUAAACUGCAUUAAAAUGUCCUCUCCACCUGAGUCGAACACUUUGUGAAUGAUGUUAUAAACAUAGAGAAAUUGCGGCUUUAUUUGCAUCCCAAUUGGUGAAUAGAAUGCGGACUCGUAUCAUCUCUUUGCAAAUGUGUAAACAACAUAACCAUGGUCUUUGGUCAGCUACAACAUUUUGCGUUUUUAAAACUGCCAUCUUGGCCAUUGCUUUUAAAGCCAAGGCACACGAAAUCUCCAGCACACAAUCAAACAAAAUAGUAACAAAUAGAAAAGUUUCAAUUUGCUCAAAUGUUUUCACUCAAUGCGAUAACAGGGUCUCUUAUGACUGAAUGGAAACACCCGAUGUCUCAAAUUCAUGCCAUAAUCAAACGACCACAUAUUUUUCUGGUUAAGUGUGUCUCCACUGUCUGAUAUGCAACGCUUGUAGUAACAACGUCGUCACAACAGAUAGUGUUGCAGGAAAUUUAGACAAGCUCAUUGUAUUUUGAAAUUGUUGACCAUUUCAACGUUAAUUCAGUAAGCAUUGUAUUUGCAUUUUCUGUGCUAUGUUUUGACAAACUGGAAGAAAAAAUAAAUGGUCUCAUUAUCUGUAAAGAAAAAGAUAUAUAGUAUCUGAGAAUUUGGGCUUGAGGCAAAAACUAAUCUAACUACAGAAAGGUAAAAAUUUGCAAAAAUUGAAUAAUAACAUAUUUCGGUGAGAAAAAUAUUUUAAUUCGAGGCCAUAUUGCUUCUUUGUUCCACAUUGAGGGUGGAAUGAAGACAAGCUGAAAGCCUCCUUUUCGCGUUCCUUCUAUGCCAGUGGUUCUUAACCUUGUUGGAGGUACCGAACCCCACCAGUUUCAUAUGUGCAUUCGCCGAACCCUUCAUUAGUGAAAAAUAAAAUCAUUUUUUUCAAAUUCAAGACAUCAAUGCUGGUGCACAAAGUAAGCCGUGCAUGAACAUCACCUUGUUCAAAGUACCAAACCAACACAAUGCAUGAAUUCAAAACAAAUGACAUACCUGCAAGUCAAAUUGACAUCUGCUGUUGCUUUGCAAGACCAAUUCAGAUAUGCGUCAUCACGAAUUUACACGAUAAAUCGGGUGUGUUCAGACCUCUGCAGUGGAGGCUCCGGCGAACCCCUGAGACGACUCACUUGACCCCUAGGGUUCGAUCGAACCCAGUAUGGCAGAAAAGGCUGAUGUUGCUCUGUGUUUUGACACAGACUCGAGCUCUGUGGACAAGCUUGGCCCCAAAGUAAGAUGGACUCUGGAAGAGGAUGAAAACCUGAAAAUCCUUGUCCAGAAUUUUGGAGAACGGAACUGGAAUACUGUCGCUACUCUGUUACCGGGCAAGACAGAAUUGCAGUGUUUGCAACGCUGGAAAAGUCUGAUUGGAAAUGUGGUAGCAGAAUGCUGGUCCAAAGAGGAAGAUGAAAAGAUCAAAGAGUUGGUGGGCAGGUUUGGCACCAAUCGCUGGAGUAUGAUUUGCAAGCAGCUGAACGGGCGGAUGGAGAAUCAGUGUCGUGAGCGUUGGCUGUCUCACUUGGAGCCCACGUUAAAGAAGUCCAACUGGACCCACGAGGAGGAUCUCAUCAUUUACAAAGCCCAGUCCGUCUUUGGCAACCGCUGGGCUGAGAUUGCCAAGCUGCUUCCUGGAAGGACAGAGUACGCGGUGAGGAGCCACUGGAACUCCACGCUCAAAUCGGAAGCUGAAUUGGGCCAGCUCAAAAAUAACUCGGAGACCAUCUCCGUCGAUAUUCAGCAGUUUGUGGAAGGAAGGGUGAAGUUCAAGUGUGACACGUUACUGGACACCAUGCCAGUAACUCCCGAAGUGGUCAAAGACAAGAAAGAAAUGCGCAAAAUCCCCCAGAAGAAAUCCACUGCACCCGGUAAUGUUGUCGCAUCAAAAAGAACCAGGUCUCCAAAGAUUGCCCCAUUGCCCACCCAACCCAGCUCCAGUGGUGUGACAGCCACAGCACCCGCAGCAGCAGAGGCGGCGGCGGAUCAGAAAAAGUUAGUUGACGCUGCAUUGAGGAUGAUUGCUGAGGACAUGCUGCCGCUCAGUUUUGUGGAGGGAUCAGGUUUCCGCUCCUUCAUGGGCACCAUCGGCCCCGAAUACCACAAGCUGUCCCAGCGCGCCGUCAGCUUGCAGCUUUACGACGACGUGGAGAGAACUGUCAGACCACAGCUCAUCCGUGACUUAAAGGCCUGCCUGUGCAAAUCUAAAGAUGGAAAGGGUGUUAUUCAUGUGACCUGUGACCUCUGGGCGGGCGCGCAGGCCGAUUCGAUGGAUGAGUCGGUGGUCAUCGUGCAGCUCCACUUCAUCAGUGAGGCGUGGCAGAUCCGCCGGCCGACUGUGGCCUUCCGGCACGUGAGCCGCACAGACCUGAGCGGCGCAGUCUCCAAAGAGCUGGAGGGCGUGCUGCUGGGCUACGGAGUCUUUCCGCAGAGCAUCGGCUACGUCCUCGUCAACCACGCCAAAGAAGUGCUGGCUGCAAAUAGUGUCUUCUGCGACUACAAGAUCAUGUGCCCGUCGAACCGUGGGGAGCCAGACGGAGAUGAGGUCGUGGCCUUUCUGUCAGACCGGAUGCCUGAAUCGGAGUCCCCAUUUUCAGAGGUCAAGAUUGGGACCAAAAUCACUUGUGUGGCAAAAACGCUACAGCUGGUGAUCAGUGAGGCAUUGAAGAACUCCAGGGUGGUGGAAAACCUCCUCUCACAUGUCCACAAUGUCGUGGCGUUCUUCAGGGGCAGCACGUACUGGAGUGAGGUUUUGUUAAAGGAGUGCAGUGUGUCUUUGUGUCCGCCCUCCAACCACUGUCGCUGGAACUCCAUGAUGGUGUCCCUCCGCCGAAUGGUGCAGGAGUCGGCUUGGAACGGGAUCCUCACCGUCCUGGCGCAAGCUCGUAGCGAGGCCAGUGACACGGCCAGCGCCCCGCCUCUGAUCAUGGUCAAGAGGGAGCAAGUGCUUGAUAUCCUGGCUCUCCUGGAGCCCUUCCAGGAAGCCCUGCAGGUCCUGUUAGGAAAUGCAGUGGCCAUCUCGUAUGUCCUGACCUCUCUGGUUAGCCUCGAUAAGACAUUGGAAGGCUGUAGCACCAACUACACCCACUUCAAAAAGGCCCUGCGCACGGGCCUCCAUACUCACUUCCAGUCCCUCAUUCACCAGGAAGACGUGAUAAUGGCUGCUGUGUUCGACCCGAGGAACAAACUGAAGACAUUCACUGAUGACCACCUUGAAGACCAGACAGGUUUCCUAACACCUCCAACAAAAUAUGAGGCUCGUGUCAUUGCGGAGGCGGCACUGGGGAGCCAGGCAGACGCAACUGAUCUGACUUCGACGGCGGAGGAACACCAGAAAAAUGAGGAAGGAGACCAGCCGCCGGACAGCAGUGAGGAAACGGCGGCCGUCAGCCUGAAAGAGGCCACUGGGGGGAGCUCGGACGACAACCGUGACUCCAUUAAUGUCGUCGGCAUCAAGCGCAAAGCAGAUAACAGCCUCCCCCAGCUUCCAUCAAAGACCGUGACCUCAGAACUUGCCGUGUACCUGUCUGAGCCGCUGUGGGAAAACGGCUCCAGUUUGCUCUACUGGAAAUCGGCCACUCGCUUCCCACAACUGCAAGGCAUUGCUAAGCGACUUCUGGCGGUACCCGCUACCUCAGGGGGCUUCGACAGGCUUUGCCCGAUGGCAGCUUGUAUCGUACGGGCCAAACGGAACCGCAUGCCACCUCACACCACAGAGAGACUCCUUCUUUACAAAAACUCUUUGAAGACAAAGACUGGCAAAAAGUCUGGUGGGGUCACUAAACACAGAGCGACCAAGUGAUUGGGUGAUUCUUUGUAAUGUGUAUGCUGAUAGCAGCUGCUAUGCAAAUCACUUUUUUUUAAACAUUGGUUAUAGAAAAUUGCAAUUGUCAAUUCAGAUAGCCACUUGAGUUUUUUCUUUGCGGUAAAGAAAAGAAUGGUUAGCACAUCUGCCUCACAACUCAGAGUUUUACAGUUUGGCUCUUGACUCCGGUCUUACUGUUUGAAAUUCUGCUUGUUAUUGCUUGGCGUUGCUCUUUGCUGCAUUCUAAAAUACAAGCAUGCUUGAAGACUCUGAAUUGUUCAUAGAACUGAACGUGACUUUAAAUUGCUGUUUGUCUAGUAUAUGUGCUCUGCAAUUGGGCGUCCACCAGAUCGGUGGCACGCGUCCUCUGGCACAAGGUCAGUUUGAUUGGCUCCAGCUCACAAGCGACCCUUAUGAGUACAAGUGCUAUUGAACAUUUUGUAAAUACAAGAUUGAUCCAGUGUUUACUGCCCAUAAUAAAAGCUUAUGUCAAUAUAAA